AUUCAGUGUUCUCUCAGACGGUAACGCCUCUUCACGGACUGUUGUACGGCGGCGCGCGUUGUGUUGUGUUCUUGUGUGCGGUUAUAUCGCUCUUGUUGAACGGUUCUAUCAUGAUGCCUAUUAUAUUAUAGUGCAUUUGAAUCAAAUACGUUUUUAUAAAAUAUUAUACUGGAUACGUAUAUAAUAUUUAUAUAUAUAAAUAUAUUUAUAAUAUUUAUACGCAUGUCUGUGCGGACAAAUAAAAUUGCAUAGUGAAAAAAUCGUCGUUCAUUUCGGUUGGUUCGCGAUUUUUUCGUUGUUGUUUUUAGAGUAUCAUAUUGGAUUGAAUUAAAAAAAAAAAUUAAAUUGUGAGAAAAUUAUUUCUUAAAUUAGAUGAAUCGUGCGCUGCGUUACGAUGGAAAGUUCGCCGUGUGUUUCACCGAUGUGAAUUGACGAUCGGUCUCAAAUAAAAUAUUAAUAAUAUUAAAUGCCCGGUCGUUUCAAUUAAACGGGAUAUUUAUGGAAAACGAUAAACAGGAAAUGAACGUGGCUGCUAAAUAUUGGCACUUACGUAUCUUGUUGUUGGCGUUGGUUAUUAAUGGUUUGUCACUGACGUACGCCGGACAUGCAUCCAGUCUGAAAUCACAUUUUAAAGAACCACCGUAUCCACAGCAAGUACCAUGGACGCCGCCGGAAUUAAGUGGCGUCGGUGGCAACGGUAUUGUAGAUCCGUUGGCUUUGCCAUCACCAUCACCGUUACCAACCGAACCGCCACCAAAGUGUUCGAAUAUUACCGGGCUAUCUUCUGGUCAAGCCAAGUUGUGUCUUUUGUACGAGGAACAUCUGACGUCUAUCCGACAUGGAGUCCAGGCGGGUCUGAGCGAGUGCAGAUCACAAUUCUUGCACCGCCGUUGGAAUUGUUCCAUGACCACCGAGAAUACAGGCGUUUUUCUCGGCCCUGAGUUGCAAUCAAGUAGCCGCGAGGCGGCAUUCGUUCAGGCGAUCAAAGCGGCCGGUGUGGCGCACUCAAUGGCGCGCGCCUGCAGAGAUGGUCGGCUAAACACGUGCAGUUGCUCGAGGUCCGGGAGACCGAAAGAUUUAAGAAAGGAUUGGGUUUGGGGAGGUUGUGGUGAUAAUAUGGAAUACGGCUACAAAUUCACAAAAGUUUUUUUGGACGUCAAAGAAAAAGAAAAAAGGUGGAAAAAAGGAUCGCCGGAACAAGGCCGGAGUUUGAUGAAUCUGCACAACAAUGAGGCCGGCAGAAGGGCCGUGCUCAAAAAGUCAAGAGUCACGUGCAAGUGCCAUGGUGUCUCAGGUUCGUGCAGUCUGAUCACAUGCUGGCAGCAGUUGCCGACUAUCCGAGAGUUGGGGGAUUACUUGAAAGAGAAGUACGAAGGUGCUAUCGAAGUGAGGGCCACCAGACGAGGACGUUUGCAAAUAAGGGAUCCGAGAUUUAGUUUGCCGACUGCUAGUGAUUUAGUCUACAUCGAUGAUUCCCCCAACUAUUGUAUUAGAAAUAUCACCGCCGGUUCCAUAGGUACACAAGGCCGUGAAUGUAAUCGAACUUCACACGGAAUGGACGGUUGUAGUCUAUUAUGCUGUGGAAGAGGCUACAAUACACAACGGCAAGUAACGAAGGAAAGAUGCGAAUGCAAAUUCCACUGGUGUUGUUAUGUUCAGUGCAAAACGUGUGUACGAAAUGCCGAAGUUCAUACGUGCAAGUAGAAUGAAACCCAGAAUGUAAUCAUAAAUCAUUUCCACCAAAUGCAAAAAUAUUGAUUUUUUUUUUUUGAAAUUUCAAACAUUAGAUCUCAGAAUAAAACUAAUAAAACUUUUGACUUUCUCAGGCUCUUCCCAUUUUCCCCUUAUCUUAUUAUAUAAAUAUAGGAUUUAUAAACUUUUUAUACGUA